UGAACUAUUAUAAAUGCAGAUUUUAGAUUGAAAAAUAAAUCAGCAGAAGCAUACAAAAAUGGCGGAACAAAAUGAACCUGCAACUGGCGACGAAGGAGUGAUAAAGAUCAUGGUUUGCGUUGACGGGAGCAAGCACGCUGAAACAGCAUUUAAAUUCUAUGUUCAGCAUUUCCACAAACCAGAAAACAAAGUUAUUUUCAUGCAUGUUGCAAAACUGGUGAUGCAUUCGCAUGUUUACACCGGUGCAAUGGGAGUAGUACUGCCAGAGGUUCCAACCAAAGAUGAAGUAGAAAAAGAGAAAAAGCGGGCGAAAGAAUUGAAAGAAAAAUUUCGCAAGCUGUGCGAGGAACUGGGAGUCCCAAAACAUGAAUUUGUGACGAUAAUGGAAGGAGAAGGAGGGCUUGGAGCUACAAUCGUUGCUGCGGCAAAGAGGCGUAGUGUAUCUUCGAUCAUUUGUGGAUGCAGAGGUCUUGGGACCAUAAGAAGAACCAUACUUGGAUCUGUGAGCGACUACGUUUUACAUCAUAGUCAUAUACCAACUUUAAUUUGCCCCAAAGAAACAUAAACUCACAAUGCAAAAGAUUCAUUUAGCAUACAGAAGCUUGGUAUAUUUUAAUCCGAAUUUAUAUAUAACUCUUAAUUUUUUCAUCUCCGCAUGAAAGAUAUAUGCUGAUUUUAUUUUCGAAAUUUUGGUGCAUAUGCUUAAUAUUUUCAUUAGCAUGUUAGCAUAGUUUGAAAACAAUUCAUAUUUGUAAAUAAUCAAAACUCAAUUUUUUUCUUUUUUGCAAAAAUUGUAUUAUUGUGAUGUGUUGACCAUGUACACUUGAAUAUUUUUGUAGUCCACGAGUCAACAUAUAAGCACACGUCCAUAAUAUCUAUUCCAUUGUCCAAAUAACCUAUGAUCUCAUCUCGGUACGUUAUCAUUUUUGGAGAUAACGCGAGUUGUAUUGUCGCAUCAUGGUAUAUCUCUAUACAAAUUGAACUUCAGGGUUCACUGUACAUUGUUGGCGCUCCCGAAGUAUGUGCACCAAGAUGGCGCACAAUCGGAACCCUAACCUGGUACACAUACUAGCAUUCCAGCUUUAAAUAGUGUUUUAUCCUUUGUCACUUUGAACGUUGUAGAUUUAUCUUGCAUUCUUUUCAGUAUUGUUCUAAUAUUAGUUGUUUCGUGUUUUUGGAGUACAAUUUAAUAUUUGCUACCUACUAAUUUUUUUACAAAAAAUUAUCAGGGUAAUUUUUGUACUUUAUUAUUGGAUGAUAAUACUGAUCGUUUCACUGUUUUAGCUCUCUAAUAAUCACUAGUUUAAAAAAGUGUUGCAAAA